GUCCUAUGGGCUGAAUAUAGAAAUGCAUAAGCAGGUAGGUAAAUAUUUUGCUUUGUGUAAGAACGCUCACUGUAAUUUCUCCCAUCAGCCUUAAGCCAGAUGUCUGUUAUGUGCGAGUUGCCUUAACUGCAUGCUGAAGUGUGCAGGAAAUUUUCUGCGCUUGCUGGCCCAGACCCCCCCGUGUAUGGCUGCAUGGAACACGUGUGAGCAGGGGUAGGAGCAGGUGCAGCCCUGGGUCACCCUGGCCCUGUGCUGCUGGAGCUGCCUGUUUGGAGUGAUAGCUGCAUUGUGAAUGCAUGCGGGGCAUCAAGGGAUGUGUAUUUGGGUGUGGAAAGGGCUCAUUCUCAGGUGACUGGGGUUGUUUUAAGCUGGAGCUGCAGCAGCAAUCAAUGUGCAGCCAUGUUGAUGACUCCCUCAGGUUGCCUGCCUGAACCCUUGUCAAAAAGCAAGCAUCUCAGCACGUCAAAUGCGAAAGGGUAAAGGAGCUUUCCAGAAGGGUGAUGUUUCGCUUGGUUCUCUGCCUUGAAGUCUAGCACUUAGGCUGAGAUUAGCAGGAGAUUACUGGUAUGGAGCAUGGUGGUGUAAAUCAGAAUUUCUUAUUCAGUAAUGUGUGUUUUUAACCUUCUCUGGAGGAGAAUGAAUUAAACAUCUGACCUCUUUUCCAGCGAGAGAACUUUUAAUAUGGUGGAGUUUAAUACUGACAACUCAUUUUAGCAAACGGUUAAGCAGUUCACCCAUGUUGCUGGAAAGGGUGAACGACAGAAAUAAAUGGUUGAAUGGGAGAAGAAACACCAUCUGGCAAUUGGCUUGUAUGUGUUCCUGUUCAAAGUAGUGGACGUGGAACUUCCCUGGGUUGUGGAAAUAGGAUUCCUUUAUCUCACUGAGAACAAACUGAAGUCAGAUGUUUUUUCAUGUUUGUUAUAUUUUGUGUCCCAUUAGCUCCGGUACUCCAGUACUACCAGUGCUGAUGAAGGCCGUUUGUGUUAGAUGGCAGACCAGUACGAAGGCAGAGGUCAGAGGGUUCUCUGUCCUUGGAGCUGUUUGUCCCUGACGCUGCAGAGCUCUGGAAGCCCUGUGUAGACCUGUGGAGCACGGGUGCAGUGCCUGGCUUGCGGCCAGGGCUGGAUGGUGCUGUGGGGUGGAAGAUGCCGGGUGGCAGAACAGCUGGGUGGGUUGGCUGGGUCCUGUCUGAAAAGCAGAGUUGGUGUCAUGCACAAGAACAAUUCACCCAGUCCCGAGUCCCUGCGGGCCACCUACGUGGUGUAUUCUUGCUUGCAUUUGAAAGCAGCUAUUGCAGUUUGACUUGUUUAUAUUUCUGGGUGCUCUGUUUUUACAGCAAUUUAGUUGUAUGCGGACUUCAACUAACUGUGCAGAGUGGUGUGGGACAGUACCGGCUUGCAAGUAAAAUUUGUAAUCGGUUUGUUUUACGUAGGGGAAACUCACUUAAAACCAAUUUUAAUUUUAAAUUUCUAAAUGCUUUACUUCAGAAAUUGUGUAUGAUUAUGGCAAUGGAGACAUCAGUGGUGUUCUGAAAAAAAUUUAAUCCCUAGCUUCAGCUAAAUAUGAGGAUGACAAAGGACCCAAGUUUUAAUUAAACACCUUUCUCCAGUACUGCUCAGUCUGUUCAAAUUAGUAGUUCAAGUAUUCUACUCUCAUGCAAAACACUUAAAUAUUUUGUCAGAUGUUGAUUCAAAUCAGCUGCGGCUAAGAAACUCGCUUGCUGUCAUUCCUAAAUCUGAUACUCGUUUGUAUCUUCCGUGUCUCCUCUGCUCUUCCCACAGUGUUUUUUUUCCUUUCUGCUCUUGGUACACCAACUGCAACGUAUUUCCCAUUUUGCUUUGUGAUGGCGGUGUUGGGGCCCAAUUACGUGUAUUUAGGGAGUUGAUUGUUUCAUUUGAUGUGCGCGAAUCUUUUUUAGUCUUCCACUUUAAAUUCCCCUUUCUUCCUCUCAGAUCUUUGAAUUUUCCUCGCUUGAAAUUGAGCGAUUCACUCUUUUUUUUUUCUUCCAUUCCUCUCCCCCCCCAGCUUUCUAAAUUCAAUCAUAUAAAAAAUCCUGAGGGCAGUUUAUCACAUUAUGAAAUACAGACAGCCCUGCAAACCACCUACUUAUUAUAUUUUCUUUCUUUCUUUUUUUUUUUUUUUUUCACUUUAGCACAGAGGCAUAUCUGUCUUUAUUUGUUUUUGUGGGCAGACAGCCUUGGUUCCUCUUAGGUUCUUUUCCAGAUGUACUGCUGGAUGCCCUUGUAAUGGAAAGCAGGCAAUAAUGCGGUGAAGUUGCCCUUCGGCGUAAUUGGGCCGAGUUCUCGAGAUCAGGCAGAAAUUGUCAAGAGACUGAAUGCUAUAUGUGCACAAGUCAUUCCCUUCCUGUCCCAAGAGCACCAGCAACAAGUGGUGCAGGCUGUGGAGCGUGCCAAGCAAGUGACCAUGGCAGAACUGAACGCAAUCAUUGGGCAGCAACAACUCCAGGCCCAGCAUUUGUCACAUGGACAUGGUCUCCCUGUACCUCUCACUCCGCACCCCUCGGGCUUGCAGCCUCCAGCCAUCCCACCCAUUGGCAGCAGUGCUGGCCUUCUGGCACUGUCCAGUGCGCUGGGGGGGCAGUCACACCUCCCGAUCAAGGAUGAAAAAAAGCACCAUGAUAACGAUCACCAAAGAGACAGAGACUCCAUCAAGAGCUCUUCUGUAUCUCCCUCAGCCAGUUUCAGAACAGCAGAAAAGCACAGAAAUUCGACAGAUUAUUCUUCAGAGAGUAAAAAACAGAAAACAGAAGAGAAGGAAAUAGCAGCUCGUUAUGACAGUGAUGGUGAAAAGAGUGAUGACAACUUGGUAGUUGAUGUUUCCAAUGAGGAUCCUUCCUCUCCACGGGGGAGCCCAGCACACUCUCCAAGAGAGAAUGGCUUGGACAAGACUCGACUGCUGAAGAAAGAUGCACCAAUUAGUCCAGCGUCUAUUGCAUCCUCCAGCAGUACUCCUUCCUCCAAAUCCAAAGAACUUAGCCUUAAUGAGAAAUCUACUACUCCUGUAUCUAAAUCAAAUACCCCAACUCCACGGACUGAUGCACCAACUCCAGGCAGCAACUCCACUCCUGGACUGAGGCCUGUGCCUGGCAAACCUCCGGGUGUGGACCCACUAGCUUCAGGUUUAAGGACACCUAUGGCAGUGCCAUGUCCCUAUCCAACUCCAUUUGGCAUUGUGCCGCAUGCUGGUAUGAAUGGAGAGCUGACCAGCCCUGGAGCUGCAUAUGCUGGUCUGCACAACAUUUCCCCUCAGAUGAGUGCAGCGGCUGCAGCAGCUGCAGCAGCUGCAGCUUACGGGAGAUCUCCAGUGGUUGGUUUUGAUCCACAUCAUCACAUGCGAGUCCCAGGCAUCCCCCCCAAUCUCACAGGCAUCCCAGGAGGAAAACCGGCAUAUUCAUUUCAUGUAAGUGCAGAUGGCCAGAUGCAGCCUGUUCCUUUCCCUCCCGAUGCCCUCAUCGGUCCAGGAAUCCCUCGCCAUGCCCGUCAGAUCAACACUCUGAACCAUGGGGAAGUUGUGUGUGCAGUUACCAUCAGCAACCCCACGAGACAUGUGUACACGGGUGGCAAGGGGUGUGUCAAAGUCUGGGAUAUCAGCCACCCUGGCAACAAGAGCCCUGUCUCUCAGCUCGACUGCCUGAACAGAGAUAACUACAUCCGUUCCUGCAGAUUGCUCCCUGACGGCCGCACCCUGAUUGUUGGUGGAGAAGCCAGCACGUUAUCCAUUUGGGACCUGGCAGCUCCGACUCCACGCAUUAAAGCAGAGCUGACAUCUUCUGCUCCAGCUUGCUAUGCCCUAGCAAUCAGCCCUGAUUCCAAGGUCUGCUUCUCUUGCUGUAGUGAUGGGAAUAUUGCAGUGUGGGAUCUGCAUAACCAGACUUUGGUAAGACAAUUUCAGGGUCACACAGAUGGAGCCAGCUGCAUUGACAUUUCUAAUGAUGGCACCAAGCUUUGGACAGGAGGCUUGGACAAUACGGUCAGAUCCUGGGACCUCAGAGAAGGGAGACAGCUACAGCAACAUGACUUCACGUCACAGAUCUUCUCACUGGGCUAUUGUCCAACUGGUGAAUGGUUGGCAGUAGGAAUGGAGAACAGUAACGUUGAGGUGCUGCAUGUUACUAAACCGGACAAGUAUCAGCUACAUCUUCAUGAGAGCUGUGUGUUGUCACUCAAAUUUGCUCACUGUGGCAAAUGGUUUGUAAGCACUGGAAAAGAUAAUCUUCUUAAUGCCUGGAGAACACCUUAUGGAGCCAGUAUAUUCCAGUCCAAAGAAUCCUCAUCCGUGCUUAGCUGUGAUAUCUCUGUGGAUGACAAGUACAUUGUCACUGGCUCUGGGGACAAGAAAGCUACAGUCUAUGAAGUUAUUUAUUAGAGACAAAUCUAAAUGCAGGCAGAACUCCUUCUCCUAGCACUUUGCUGUAUUUCUUUUUUUUUUUUUUUUUUUUCCCCUUUUCUAAACUAAGAACUUAAAUGCUGAUCGCAGUUGUGGAAUUUGUUUUUACCUUCUUAAAUUGCUAUUGAUUUGUGAAUGCUCAUUAAGAACUUGUGAUACCAAACUGUCAGAUAGCUAUUUGGGAGAAGAUUGAAAAAGCAUACUGAACAGUGAACUUGACUCUUUAAUUAUGUAUUAUAGCUGUAAUGUAUUUAUUUUGUGUAAAGAAGGCUUUCUAACAAUGAACUGACUAAAUAAAGCUGUCUGGCCCGGCUUUAGUUUAAAAGGUGCAUUGAAUACUUUGUGUUUUUGCUAGUGGAUAAAUUGGGGAUUUUGGAGAAGGAUGUUCAAGAGAUAGUGAAAGCUACACUAAAUAGGCUUGUAGUUUCUAUUUAAAAAAAAAAAAAAGAAAAAAAAAGGAAAAAAAAAACAAAAAAAACUUUGUUAUAUUUUUUAGUCCUGUUCUUGGAUAAGACCUCUAAGUGUUAUUACAGUAUAAUUAUUUGGUGGGAAGAUGCUGUAACUUAACUAUUUUAGACAGUCUUGGAAACUUAGGAAAUUGCAAACUGUAGCCAGUAAUCUACAUGCCUGUGAUGGAUGGCAAAUUCAGUUCACAUCUAAAUUAAAUUCACUUUAAGUAAGAAUGUGCUAAUUUAUAUAUUUGCAAUGUUAAUAUAGCAUCCUGUGUACAGAUUUGUUCUCAAUGCUUUCCUGUUGAUGAACAUAAAGCAUUUUGGUGUCAAGCUAGGUUUUUUAAUAUAAACACCUCUCUUUGUUAUAUUGUAGAGAGUACAAUAAGUUGCCUCAAAGAAUCACCUUUGUUACUUCUGGAAACUUUUGCAAUGUUUCCUUGAAAAUGGGGAUAUGUGUCUUUGGGCAAUUUUUCAAUUACAAGAGAUUAUGAAAAAUAUUUGAUAUGUUCUUUGGAAACUGCACUGAAAUAAAAAUGGAUGCCUACCAAUAUACAAACUAUGAAAGCAAUGACCUCUGAGGUAGGAUUUAUAAGAGCACUCAUUCCGACAUACAAAAAGGAAUGGAUUCUCACUUGGGAAAAGGACUUGUUUUGUUUGCCAGCAGUUCAAUCCAAGUCUCAAUUGGAUGUCCCUAAAAUGGACAUAGACUGAGCCAUUGUGCCAGAGACAUGUUAUCUUUUUUUGUUGUUGUUGUUGCUGUUAAACUAUGAUCUGUGACUUUUUUUUUUUGAAUGCUUUAAAAAAAAUCUUUAAGUCUGUGGAUCUGCUGAUGUACAGUGCCUUUGCUGCUAUGGAUCAAAAUCAAAAGACCCGUGUAGAUAAAUCUUAUUGUAUAAGUAGAAAAUUACUUAAUUUCAUACUAGAAAUGGAUUGAUGCUGCAAGUUAAAAUGGACUGUUCAUUGAAGUUCCAAAUGUGGUAGCAAAAAAUGGUGUCUUAAGUGCUUAGUGUUUGAUGUCAUUAACAGUUUCGUAAUAUUCUACAUUGUAGAAAGAUUUUGAUACUAAACUGUGUCAUUGUACAUAGUUCUAAUGCAUUGUAUUGACCACCAGUACUUCUAUAAUGGUAGAUUAUUGUUUGUGCAUUCAGACUUUUAAGCAUUAAACAUAAGUAACUUCUAA